UUGAGGCCUCGCGUCCUCUUUGUGGCGCGCAGGCGCGCUCGGCAGGGUCCCUCGCCGGGACGCGUGGCCGCCCGGACCUUGCUAGCUCCCACCCGGGUCCUCGCACCCGCGCAGCCGCCGGCGCGCCCGUCCCGGGAGCGGCCCCUUCCCCGUGUCCGUGACCUCUAACCGCACGGGCCUGGCGCCAUCUUGGGUGUCUCCCGGGGGUUGGGGGCCCUGCGGCCGGCGGACGGCAGAUCCCGGGCGCGCGUGUGCGAGCCGGGCGCGAGCCGGGCUCUGCGGGUGUGCCUUGCUCACCCUCACGCCUUUUCACCGCUGGCACAACCCCACCGUCUCCCCUCCUCUCUCGGCUCCCUUCUGUCAUCCUGAAAUCAAAGUAGCCUCCGUCUUCAGAAACCUGCAGACUUUGAACCUCAGAACUUGCGGUUCUCGGCGCAGCCAAGCCAGUUCAUCGUUCAAAGCUCCCAUCACCUCCAGACUUUCAGUCUGGAGUAAACUGAACGUGGUAGAAAGGAACAGAGCAGGCAGAAGGGCCCGGUGGACGGACUUGGGAAAGCCAGGGCAGAAGAGGGGCCUGUUUCCUUAGAAACUGGCUGUUACCCAGUACCUGCCUCUAAUGAAAGCCCUGACAUGCUAGUGAUAAAAUCAUAAUGCUGGGUUAGAAAUGGAGGUUUCUGUUAGGCAUUCCGUCCAGAAGGUGGGAGAGGUCCGCGCCUUUAAGAGUUUCUACCUGCCAGGUUUCCUGUCACAUGACGCUCAGAUUUUGCCAGUAAGACAGAAAGGUUUAAAGUAUGGAAUAGUUAGGUGGCUACCCUUCUAACUGAAAGGUCGUGAUUGUGGAGAAUUUCUUUGCCCAAGUGUGGGCUUGCCCAGGUUAGGUGACCACUGGAAGGGCUCACCAAUUGAAGAUACUCUUGGGUUUAGUGCAUGCCAGCAAUAGAUGAUACUAUUUACAUAUGUUGAUUUGUAAACUGUCAAAUUUAAUCCCCUUAGAGCUCUUUUCUCUCUCUUUUUUAAAGAAUAGUUUAUGGAGUACCCUGCAAGCAGGCAGUGGGCUGGACAGUAACUAGAGUACUGCCAGAGCUACAUUUUGUAAGGGAUAGCAUGUAGUGGUAUUUGCUGAAAGGUUGUGAGUGGAGCAAAUAACAUUAAGGCUUUACUGUUUUUGUUUGUUUGUUUUAAAAAAAGUCUUCCCUUUUAUUUAAUUUUAUUUUUCCAAGAUAACAUUUCUCUGUAUAGCUUUGGAACCUUCCCUGGAACUUGAUCUGUAGACCAGUCUAGCCUCUAAUUCACAGAGAUCCCCCUGCCUCUGCCUCCCGAGUACUGGGAUUAAAGGCACGCGCCACCACUGCCAGGCUUAUUUUGGUGUCUUGAAGACUGUCUAUAUAAAUAGCCCACGUUGGCCUCCCCAGUGCCAGGAUAACAUGCGUGCACCACCAGGCCUAACUGCAGACUCCCUUAUCCAAGUGUGUGUAAGCAUGUGUGCACGCUGAGAAGUCAAUAUAGAGAGGCAUUUCCACUCCACUUCUUGAGACAGGACAUCUUGAAGCUCUUCAACUCAGCUGGACUGCAAGCCAAUGAGCUCCAGCUCUCCUGCCUUGGCCCCUCACCCCUGAAAAUGUAUGCCUGCUCCAAGUUCAUCUCCACUCGCUCCUUGAUCAGGAGCACCUCUCAGCUGCUGAGUCGCCCACUGUCUGCAGUGCAGUUGACCCGACCACAGACAUGGACAGAUGAGGGCCCCAGCAGUUUGGCAAUCCCUCACCCUCUGACCUCAGUCAUCCCUAGCCGCAGCUUCCAAACCAGCGUCAUUUCCCGGGACAUCGACACAGCCGCCAAGUUCAUUGGGGCUGGGGCCGCCACAGUUGGGGUGGCUGGGUCGGGGGCUGGCAUUGGGACUGUUUUUGGGAGCCUCAUCAUUGGGUAUGCCAGGAACCCUUCUCUGAAGCAACAGCUCUUCUCCUACGCGAUUCUGGGCUUUGCCCUCUCAGAGGCCAUGGGGCUCUUCUGCCUAAUGGUGGCCUUUCUCAUCCUCUUCGCCAUGUGAAGCAGCUGUCUCCACUUCCACCUCCCAUAGCUCUUUCAUGUCCCGUCUGCCCUGUGUGUUCCUUUUCCUGUACCUCCCCAGGAAGUCUGGGGAAAGUGCUUGGCUCAGGGUUUGACAGAGAGAAGACAAAUAAAUACUGUAUUAAUAAGAUGUUUCUUAA